AAACAAACAAAUAUUUUAGAGCAGCGUUGACAAACGGAGAAUGGGUCUUGGGUGCAGAAUAGCUGGAUGGAAAAAUCGAACAAAAAAUCCAGUUAUUUUCCACAGCAUGGAGAGCUCUUCCAACUCAUGUCUAGAAUUUAUAGUCAAUCAUUUACUUAUGGAAAAAUCAGUCAAAUAUAAAUAUAAAUAAAUAGGUGCUGGCUUAAACAGAAGUGAGUAGUUCUCCCCACUUUCGAGGUGAGUUUUCCUCUCCAUUGUGAAUAGAGAGUGACUAAAGUUUCCCGAGUGCUAUAUAUAAAACAUUUUUCUGGCUAAGUGGAUCAGUCAACUUGAAAAAUGCGAACGGUGCCCAUCUUGUUGCUAAUUUGCUGCCUAGGCUGGUUACACGAAGGCCAAGCUGACGAAAGGAAGAUUGGCGCUGUGGGUCCGCCUAUGAAACAGCGGAGUCUCCGCCAUGUAAGCUCCUUUGCUAAUCCAGGGCAGCCGGGUAGACCUGGCAGAGGAAGACCAGGACGACCUGGUCAGGGAAUGCCUGGCCGACCUGGGCGUCCAGGAGGAUCAGGUGGAGCUGGAGGAGCAGGUGGAAGUGGAGGUGAUGGAGGAGCAGGUGGGGCUGGCGGGCGAGCAGUCAGGGGGGGAUACUGGAGGAAAGGAAUUUCAUUGGGUCAAAGGCGACCAGAGCCAAGGUCAAAAUAUUAUUUGUAUUGAAUCAAAUUUUAAAGUGUAUGUAUGUAAACUAUUAUUUAAAAAUGUAUAUCAUUUUAUAAAUAAAUAAAAGAAUACUUAAAAAGAA